GGCUUCAAUAUGGUCGACAGCAUGUGUGACGACGUGGUGAAUAACGUACAAAACUUGAAUUUGAAGGAAGAAAAGGCACGAAAACGGUUUUAAUUUGAUACAACUUUUAUCAUUUUUAUUUUUACAUUCUAAAUAUGAUGGCGAAUUUUCGUAUUUGCAGUUCUAGAAACUUGUAUAAUGUUUCUAAGCGGCCACAUGCUUCUUGGGCGAAACCGAAAAAAAAGAAGAAUACUAUUAUUGAUGAAAAAACAGUUUCGGAAUUAAAUCCUUGGCCUAAUUACAUACAGGACCGUAUUGCAUUAUGGGAUAAACUGAAAGCAGAUUAUGAAGCACAGUUAGCUACAAAGCCAGUUACUGAUAUUAAAAUAACUCUUCCUGAUGGAAAAGAAGUUAUUGGUCAAUCUUGGCGCACAACACCAUAUGAAAUUGCAAGGAACAUUAGUCAGGGUCUAGCUGAUAAUACUGUUAUUGCAAAAGUUAAUAAUGAACUGUGGGAUUUGGAUAGACCCUUGGAGUCUGAUUGCAAACUUGAACUUCUUAAAUUUGACCAUCCAGAUGGUCAACAAGUGUUUUGGCAUUCUAGUGCACAUAUUUUGGGUGAAGCUAUGGAAAGAAUAUAUGGUGGUUGUUUAUGCUAUGGUCCACCUAUUGAGAAUGGAUUCUAUUAUGAUAUGUAUUUAAGGGAUAAAGGAAUAUCAAAUCUAGACUUUCCAUUCUUGGAGAGUCUUUACAAAACUAUAGUUAAAGAGAAACAGUCGUUUGAGAGAUUAGAAAUGACAAAGGAAGAUCUUUUGGAGAUGUUUAAAUACAAUGAAUUUAAAGUUCGUAUUAUCAAUGAAAAAAUAAAUACGCCUACCACUACAGUAUACAGGUGUGGGCCAUUGAUUGAUUUAUGUAGAGGACCGCAUAUUAGACACACUGGAAAAGUGAAAGCUAUUAAAGUCACGAAAAAUUCUUCCACUUAUUGGGAAGGAAAUGCUAAUGCAGAAUCUCUACAGAGAGUUUACGGUAUCAGUUUUCCAGAUACAAAACAGCUGAAAGAAUGGGAGAAGUUUCAAGAAGAAGCUGCUAAACGAGAUCAUAGAAAAGUAGGAAGAGAACAGGAACUAUAUUUCUUUCAUGAACUUUCUCCAGGAUCAUGUUUCUUUCAACCACGCGGGGCACAUAUUUAUAACACUUUGGUUGAGUUCAUUCGUUCUGAAUACAGAAAGAGGGGUUUUCAAGAAGUUGUUACACCUAAUAUUUAUAACAGUAAAUUAUGGCAAACGUCUGGGCACUGGAUGCAUUAUGCUGAGCACAUGUUUUCCUUUGAUGUUGAAAAAGAAACUUUUGCACUUAAACCAAUGAAUUGUCCUGGUCAUUGCUUGAUCUUCGACGUUCGUAACAGAUCUUGGCGUGAAUUGCCGUUAAGAAUGGCUGAUUUUGGCGUGUUACAUAGAAAUGAAUUAUCUGGCGCAUUAACUGGAUUGACCCGAGUCAGGCGUUUCCAACAGGAUGAUGCGCAUAUAUUUUGUUCAGCAGAUCAAAUUAAAGAUGAAAUGAUCGGUGCAUUGGAUUUCUUACGCCACGUAUAUUCCGUUUUUGGCUUCACAUUCAAUUUAUGUUUGUCUACGAGACCUGAAAAAUAUUUAGGUGACUUAGCUAUGUGGGAUCAGGCCGAAAAAGCGUUGGCAGAAAGUUUAGAUGCAUUUGGAGAACCAUGGACACUUAAUCCCGAAGAUGGGGCAUUUUAUGGUCCAAAAAUUGAUAUCACAAUUAUGGAUGCAUUGAAGAGACCACACCAAUGUGCAACCAUUCAGUUGGACUUCCAGUUACCAAUUAGAUUUAAUUUGUCUUAUGUUAACGAAACUGGAGAGAAAACAAGACCUGUAAUCAUACACAGAGCUAUUUUAGGCUCUGUAGAAAGAAUGAUUGCAAUUUUAACUGAAUCCUAUGCUGGAAAAUGGCCAUUCUGGUUAUCUCCGCGACAAGCAAUGGUCAUUCCAGUAGCUUCUCAAUUUGAUGAGUAUGCCUUCCAAGUAAAAGAUAAACUUUGGGAUGCUGGAUUCAUGGUGGAAGUUGAUACAGAUGCAAGUGAUACUUUGAAUAAAAAAGUACGAAACGCCCAACUUGCACAGUUCAACUUCAUCCUUGUUGUCGGGGAAAAAGAAGUGAAAGCUGGCACGGUUAAUGUUAGAACCAGGGACAAUGUGGUACAUGGAGAAGUCGCCGUAACCGAUUUAAUUCAAAAAUUCAAAUUAUUCAAAGAAAGAAAGGAUAAAAAUUGUGAGGAAAAGUUUUAGACAAAUUCUCCAAACAAAGGAAAUAUUUAUUUAUUUUGUAGGCAAUAAUUCCGACGUUUCUAGUUAUAGCACAAAACCGAUCAAAUAUAAAAUAACAUUUUGCCAAUAUAUUAAAAUAAUGCACACGAACCAUUAAAAUAAUAAUGUCACGCUACGGAAA